ACUGGGUCUUUGAGGAGAAUUAAACUAUCUAUAUCUUAAUAGGGUUUUGUUCCCUUGUUCUGAUAUUGAGGAUCAAUUGGAGAGGAAUCAGUGAGGAAUGGAAUCAACGACGAGGUCAAGAUGGAAAGCAAAAAGCUUCGCAGAGAUAGCUGAAGCCAACCCCAUGUCCGGAAUCAUCAUCAAGCUCCAGGCCUCUCUAUCCGAGUCUCAAGCGCAAGCCAUGCUGUUGGAUUGCAGUGACGCGCUGCUUGAAGCCACGCCAGAGCUAUCAGACUUACUGAACCGCGCCUGCUUUGGCAAGCAAAUCAAUACAUACGACAGUGGUAAGCAGUGGUUCCAGUUGGGUCCUGAAGAAGCCUUCUAUUUGCAUCAUGCUCUGCAUUGCUCAACAAUCAAUGGAGAGACCGGGAAUGCCAUGAAUGCAGUGGAGGUCUGGGAAUGCAUGGUCUCUAGGAACAAGGCAUUCCCUUGGCUUUACACUGCUUAUGCUCAUCUUCGAAGAAAGAAUUGGGUAGUGCGUUCAGGUCUUCAGUAUGGUGUUGAUUUCGUGGCGUAUCGGCAUCACCCGGCGCUUGUUCACUCGGAAUUUGCAGUGCUUGUGCUCUCGGACGAUGACGACGGUGAGUCUCGUCUGCGAGUUUGGUCUGACUUGCAAUGCAGCCUGCGUGUUUGUGGUGGUGUUGCAAAGACAUUGCUAGUUCUUCAUGUCAUCAAGUGCUCAACAAAGAACGAGCUUGAUUCACGUCUUCUUUAUGGUUGGGAUGAAUACACAGUCAUUGAAGAACGGACAAUUACUCGAUGGGUGCCGGAGCAUUGCCGCGAAGCCCAUGCAUCGGAUGGUGGUGCUACACAGUGAGCUUCAUGCUGUGCUUGAAUAUCAAACAUUGUUGGAAGCCUUCUUUGCCUUCUUUGCAGUGCUAAUUAUGUUUUCAGACUAUGUUAGCAAGGGCCAUACCAUUUGGAUUUAAAACUCAUGAAGAUUUUUAAGAUAAAUUUUUUUAUUUCUCCA